CUCCAAACAUUUCCUUAUAUAAACCCCCUCAAUUUUCCCCAAACAAAAUAAACACACAACUCACAUAAACAAAAAUUUGCAACCAAAUUUGUGAGAAAUGACAAAGUCUUUAUUUUCUUUUUUUAAAUUCGUGAUAUUCACAAUUUAUGUAGCAAAGUUGGGCUUUAUUUGGGCUGAUCAGCCCGAAACAUUUUCAUGGGCCAAAACCCAUCCUUAUGGCCACGAGCAUAAAACUACCAUACAAUUUUACUACCAUGAAGCUGCAUUAGGAGAAAAUGCAACUGUAGUUUUAAUCGGUCAGGCCCAACCACCACAGCCCAGCCCAACAUUCACAGCCUUCGGCAACUUGUUUAUUGUUGAUGGGCCACUCACUGUGGGCCCAGAUAUUAACUCUAAGCUUAUUGGUGGGGCCCGAGGUUUCUUUGGGUCAGUGUCCAAAACUGAAGUGGACUUUAUGUUGGGCAUAACUUUUAGCCUUAGUGAUGGGCUAUAUAAUGGAAGUACCUUCACUAUUUUGGGCCGAAAUUCAUUUGUGAAUUCGGUUAGAGAACUACCGGUUAGUGGUGCAACGGGCCGUUUUAGAAUGGCCCGUGGAUAUACUUUGGCCCGACAAUAUUCUCUUGACCCAACUACAGGGAUUCUCAUUGUUGGGUACAAUGUUACCUUGAUUCAUGAAAAGAUCCAUGGUGAUAUUGUGGAUUUGGAAUCAAUUGAAACCAUUAGUUCUCAAGGUCAUUCUUCUAUAUAACUUCGCAAGGCGAGAGUGAGGGAUAGCCUAGUGGUUAGCGCUUGUCUUUCAGUUUCAGGAGUUUCUGAUAUCGAUUUUCACUAUUGACAAGUUGGGAUCCCUUUAUUCCUCCAACUUGUUGAGUUUUCUAUUCUAUGAGAUUUCGAGUAAGUGUUUACAUAAUCUUCUUCUGUUCGUGAUCCUUAAUAUGAACAACACUAUCUCAUCAUCUUAUGGGUGGGUGGCUUGUCUAAGAAUGAAUUACGAUGAUUAUUGAUGAUAUUAGUUUUGUUAAUGCAAGUUACCCCAUUGACUUUGAUUUUAAUAAUGUACUCUUUGCUAUCUCUAGAAAGAGUUUGUUUAUUUUCUAAAUAAUUUUCCGAUUGUUUAAUAAGGAAGUAGUGUAUAGUUAAAUAAUAUGUACUUUUUCAA